AGGCUAGUUCAUUCCGUUAUUACUUUAGCAGGUUGCGACAUCAACAGCAGACGCUAGAAAUAGUAGGUACUUCUCCACCUGAUUUGCUCUGCUUCUGCGUCAUGUAACAUUGGCCAUCUCAGUCAGAAUCAUGUUUCUUGUUUCCAUAGCAUAGCAGUUUGUUACAAGGCUCCUUUCUACUUUAAGAACUCCAUGCCCCAACUGAAAAAACUAAGAUUUCUCCCAACCACCCUCAUGACACCGGAAUUUCUUUUCUGCUGUAUGUUUCUCUGACAGCAGUUGUUACCGUGAUGUUCUGCUUGGGGCCAGCCAGCCAAGAGUGCCCGCAAAGCAUCCCUGCUUCAGCUCCACUCCUGCAGAUUUUUCUACACCAGUCUUGGGAGUUGUCUGUGACUUCUUUUAGGUGUCAAGUCAUGGUCCUUGCUACUGGGAAACUGGUUGCUUGGGACUAGCUAGCUGCUGGUGGCCAGUGUGCUACUGAAGUGGAAGCAAAGAAACCAGUCUCUCCCUUCAUAUAACCUCCACGAGCUCGUGGAUGUUUGUUGCAGUCCAAAUCCUUGACAAAGCACAGCUAUGGCAUCUGACCGUGUCGAGGUUGACACAGCCCGCCCUUUCCGGUCCGUGAAGGAGGCGGUUGCGGUGUUCGGCGAGCGCAUCCUCGUCGGGGAGACCAACUCUAGAUACAGUAGCAAUUCUGUUGCCAUUGCCAAUUCUCAUGCCAAUGCCACCCCUAAUGCCAAGCUUGAAGAUAGUGGUACUAGCAGUGCCAUCACCCUUUCUCCAAAUGCGAUGGCAGAGGUAGAGGCAGAGCCAGAGUCAGAGGCAACAGCAGCUAUUGUGCCUAUGUACUCUGCGCCCUCCUCGCCGCCAUCGUUCGCAUCUCCGCGGUCGGGAUAUGAGGAUGAUGAUGACGAAGGUGAGUAUGAUCGCCAAGAUGAGGAAGCUGGGCUCGCGAUCAUGAGCUCCAUCAAGAAUCUGGAGGCGGAUGUGGCCGACACGAGACGGGAGGUGGUGCAGCUUAGGAAGAGGGGUACCGAGAUGGAGAUGGCCGUGGCCAGCCUCAACGCGCAGCUCCACCGAGGCCUCUCGAGGCUGGCCGAGAUUGAGGCGGACAAGGCGUCUGCAGCGGCACGGCGCAGCAUCGGGGGAGACACCGACGUGACGUCGGCAGCGAUGCUGCGGAGCGAGCGCUGGGCCGAGAAGUCUGGCAUGUACAGCAGCGAGUACCUGCCAUCGUUCAGCCACGCGCUGAGCCUCGGCGAGUUUGACGACGACGACAACCUACCCUGUGGCAGGAGGAGGAAGGCGCAGAAGGUGAAGCCAAUCGUCCCCCUCAUCGGUGACAUCCUCUUCUCCAAGAGUUUCUCCAGGAGGAAGAGCACCAAGGACAGUGGCGAUCUUUCCAGCGUGUGUUAGGGUGAUCACCGGCUGUGAUUUGUGCUCACUACACAGGAUGUGGCUGCUUGUGUGUGAUUUGGAUGGAGCCUGUUUUCGAUUUAUCUCCAUGGUUUGGUCCUUUCUUGUUUCUGUUCAUGUUUGCGUGAGCUGUAAAUGUAAGUACUGGUGAACAUUUGUAUUCAGACAGAUGUGUGACUGACUGACUGCAGUGCA